AUGUACACAAAUUAUCGAUUUCUUCAUCGAUCUUAUGGAAAUUCGUCACCUAUUAAUUCCAACCCUAAAAUCGAUCAUAGAAAGCCUUGAGCCAACUCUUUUGCUUACCCAAAAAGUCCAUACAAAAAACCGCAGAAUGAAAGCUUUUCUUAUAUGCAAGACAGGACGUAUAGUAAUAUUCCGUCUCCAGAGCCACUGAGAAUAAAGCGAAACAAUUCAAGAGAAAGACUAUCAUUGUCACCUAUUGAUAGAACAAUAGAAAACUUUUCUGUCAAGAAAAGAGAUUUAUCGCCGAGUUUUAAUGGAAAAUCAGGCAGGCUAAAAUCUUUGGCUUUUAGAAAGGAAAUAGAAAACGAAAUAGGGAUUCCUGAAAGGAUUAGCAAACUUAUUAUAGAAAUUUAUUCUCCAAAUAGCUUAGAAAAUGAGCCUACAGCUAUAGGGCUUUUAAUAGGCUCAAAAAUAAUUAUAACUUCACAUAUCGCAAUCCCUAAUGAAACUUUGGCAGCUAGAUACACAUUUAAAUUCCUUAAAGACGAAAACGUCUACAAAUCGAACAUCAAAAAAUUCUUUUUUACCUCUCCUAAUGACAAUUUGACCGUUUUAGCUAUUACCCCUAUCAACCAAGACCUAACAAAGCGAGUUCCCCUCUCUUUUGAAUCAAAUUUAAAAGAACUCGAAGGUGAUCCUAUUUAUUACGUCAACCAAAAAGCAUACCAAGCUUUCAUUUCUAGCAUAGACGCAGACAUUUUUGGCUUUACUACUCAAAAAAGCAUCCUAACUGGCACUCCUGUUUUUACCAAAAAAUGGCAAUUACUAGGAAUUUCCCAUACUUUUACACAAAUCUAUAAGUACACACAAGCUGCCUCUCUAGAGACUGUCCUAAAGUUUUUAAAUAGGCUAAAAUCCCACAUCCCUAGAGACUCCUUAUUAGGAUCAAUAGAAAAAUCAGUUGAUUUUAAUGGGAAAGAAUUCAACCAAAAUAAUUUUAAAGAAAUGUAUUGGUUCGAAUGGCUAGGGAACUAUAUAGAAACCUAUAAUGUAGAGACGGGGGAAUGAAAUUAUAUGCAAACAAGCUUAAGGAAUGAAGGAAGAUGGCAUUUCUUAUGAGACAGCCGUCCUGUAAUGCUCCCAAAUGGCUCAUUUUAUAUAUUAGGAGGUAUGAGGAAUAAUUUAGCUGUAGACGAAGUCGUCAAAUUUAAGCCUGAAAAAGGCGAGCUUAAAAGAAUGCAAAAUAUGGGGGUCGGCAGGGCAGCUUGUGGGACUGUUUUUCAUGAGGGCUUUGUAUAUGCUCUAUCAGGGAAGUACGCUAACAACUUCUGUGAAAGAUAUUCCUUAAGCCAAAAAAGAUGGGAGUUUAUACCGUCAAUGGUCCAUGAACGGUUCGAUUUUUCUGCAAUAGUCCUUUUUAGCUCAAUUUAUGUAGUUGGAGGGGAGCCUUAUAGUGAGGUGGGAAAUACUAUUGAGGUCUAUGACAUUUUGAGAGAAGUCUGGGUAAUUUUGAAUAUAAAAUUACCUUUUGCGGUUGCGAAUUCUCCAUUGUGCCAUUUAUUUGGGUCGAGCUUUGCGAUAUUGGGAGGGAGAGGAUGCAGAAAUGUUAUUAUGGUGGAAAUAGAUAAUUUGUAUAGUAAAAGUGUUUCUAUAAGAGAAGGAGCGGCAUUGUCGGAGGAGGUUGAAACUAUUUAUCCUGUGAUUUAUGCUGCUGAGCAGCAAAAAGUGUUUUUAUUUAAUAUUACAGAAGGCUUUGAGAGGCCUUUAUUGUAUAAAAUUCAUGAAUCCUAUUUAACUAAAUAA